AUGUCAUCAACCUCAUCGGAAGCUAAUUUAAAACACAACGGUGCUGCCUCUUUGGCCACCGAAGAAAGUUCACAUCUAUUGGAAAAGGCAGCCAACGGUGAAAAAUAUGGCUCACAGAAAGCGGAUCAGGAUUCCUUACUCGAUACCAUGGUUCAUACAAGUGAUACACCUUCGAAAACCCUACCCCAAUAUGUAGCCGCCCUAUCAGCUGCUGGUGGCGCUUUUGCUGCCGGUACUCUUUUGGGUUGGACAUCACCGGCCCAAACACCCUUGCUAGAUGGUGAAUAUGGUUUCCCUGUCAGCGAAUCAGCCUUCUCAUGGGUUGGUUCUGCCAUGACAUUGGGUGCCGCUUUCAUUUGUAUACCCAUUGGAUUCCUCAUCAAUUUAAUUGGUCGUAAACUGACGAUGUUGUUACUCGUGUUGCCAUUCACUCUUGGUUGGUGUCUCUUGAUUUGGGCCCAAAAUGUUGAAAUGAUGUAUGCGGCACGUUUUCUCUUGGGUAUAUCUGGUGGUGCUUUCUGUGUUACCGCUCCAAUGUAUACGGGUGAAAUUGCGCAAAAGGAAAUUCGUGGUACGCUCGGAAGUUUCUUCCAAUUGAUGAUAACGGCUGGUAUUUUGUUUGUGUACGCAAUUGGAGCUGGUCUCGAUGUCUUUUGGAUGAGCAUUGUGUGCGGUCUGUUGCCGUUGGUCUUUGGAGCUAUAUUUGUAUUUAUGCCUGAAUCUCCUACCUAUUUGGUUUCUAAAAAUAAGAACGAAAGUGCUAUUAAAUCGAUUCAAUGGUUGCGUGGCAAGGAAUACGAUUACAAAAUGGAAAUUGAAGAGUUGAAAGAAACCGAACGUAAAAUCAAAGAAAAUCCCGUCUCGAUUGGUAGUGCUUUGACACGUCGCGUCACCAUUAAGGCUUUGUGCAUCAGUUUGGGUUUGAUGUUCUUCCAACAGCUGUGCGGUAUUAAUGCCGUCAUCUUCUAUUCCACUGAUAUUUUCAAGGAUGCUGAUACUGGUAUUGAUGCCAAUCUCUCGACAAUUGUUGUUGGUAUUAUGCAAGUGAUUGCCACCUUCGUUUCCGUCAUGGUUGUUGAUAAAUUGGGUCGCCGUCUCCUGCUCUUGGCCUCCGCUUGCGUUAUGGCUCUCUCCACAAUUGCCAUGGGCGUAUACUUCUAUAUGAAAGAAAAUGGUGAUAGCGUUGAAAGUCUUGGCUGGUUACCCGUCUGCAGUUUGUGUGUAUUCAUUAUUAUGUUCUCUAUUGGUUUUGGACCCGUUCCAUGGUUGAUGAUGGGUGAACUCUUCGCUUCGGAUAUUAAAGGUGUUGCUGGUUCCAUUGCUGGUACAUCAAAUUGGGUUUUGGCUUUCAUUGUCACCAAGACAUUUGUUAACCUCAAAGAAGCAUUGGGUAGUGGUCAAACAUUUUGGCUGUUCGCUGGUAUUACUGUUGUCGGUGCUAUCUUUGUAUUUGUCUUUGUACCCGAAACUAAGGGUAAAAGUUUAAAUGAAAUCCAAGAAGAAUUGGAGGGUAAGAAGCCGAAUCAAAAUCAAUCGAAUGGUAAUGCUAUUUAA